AUGCGACCCAUCCUCUACAUCGCUCUGUUCGCUAGUCUCGCACUGGGACUGCCUACUGAAGUUGAGAAAAAGGAUGAAGCAACCACGCAAACAACAGCCAAAACCUGUGGACCUGGAUUCAGUACGACAUUCUCGCCUUUUACACGUGCUCAAUCCUUCAUCCUCCCCUUCUUCUCGCUCCACUCUCGGGCUCCCAACUUCGCAGUACUCUGA